GCUCUGUAAUGUCCACGAUUAUUUCUCAUCUCUCGCUUUUGUACUUGUCAUUGCAAAAAAAAAGGGAGAGAAAAAUUGCUGUCGCACCAUUAUUUCUGCCGAGCACAUCACGCGAGUUCAACCAACAAAGACAGUCACCGUCAUCGCGGCCCGAAAUGCCACCACCUUCUUCAGUCGUCAAAUGGGCAGAACGGUAUCGGAGGUCCACGAUUUUUCGUCGCGCGGGAGUAGCAUCCCUUACUUCCUGCCGGAGAAGAGAGCAUGAAGCCGGAAGCCAAGCUCUUCAGCGGCCGGCAAACCUCGAGAGUCGCACCCCUGUUUGCAGUAGAGACCCCCGUCAAGCUUUUUUCAGCGAAUUAAAGUCUUUCGCCAUAGUUGUGCUUUCCGGCUGCGAGCAGCAACAGCAAAGGACGUCCUUCGAGCAGUCCACGCGGGCCAUUUUCACCGAUCACCACCUUCAGCCCGCCAUGA